GGGCGACCAUGUGGCGCCUGGGCUGCGCGUGCAGGUGUGCUCCGCUGAUCGACCAGAUUGAGUGUCAUCGGGAUCGUGCAUUGAUUCUUCUUUCUUGACUCAGUUUGAGGCCUGACUACGGUUUACAAUCUUCUGCAUUGCAUAUGCUUCCGUUGGCUGUUGCUUUCCGUCGCUGGUAUCUUGUGAGAAAUCACACCUUCCGAUUUAGACCAGUUUCCUUCCAUCACGAGGUAAGAAUAUCGAAGAUCAUAGCAUAAAGCCAUGAUGCAUACCUGAUUGUGUGAUUUCUUCCCGUCGUUUAUCCUAGAGCUUUUCGUCUGUUGUCUAGUAGACUGUAAAACGAGCCCGAGGAAGAACUGAACCUGCAGUUGUCAUUGACAGUAAUGUUCUAUAUUCAUAUAAUGUGGGAAAGAUCAAAGUGCAAACUGUAAGGAUCAGCCUCACCUAUUUUUUUGCUCACUACUAGUCGAUUGAAAGUGGUUUCUCAAAUUUCUUGUUGAUCGAGUCAUAGAAUGAGCCUUGAGCUCGUUAUUUGCUGAUAUUGUUUGCUACCUACGGGUAGCUUGCGUUACGUCUGAACUUAAUUGGAAUUAGCCAAUGGUUCUAGCAGUAUUUGAAUAUCCUAACAUGCAGCCCGCGACUCAAGCUCACAUUCUUAGACCGGCUUUUGUCUGGUGUCUUUUCAGACAUUUGCAUACUUGGAUGUGCAAGUAUCGGCAGCCCAGCAAUUGCACAUUCAAGUAUGCACACAAGGGGUCGUUGUAUUUGUUCUUGAUAGAAUUAUAUAGCGGUCAUUCUUUUGUCUGCUUUAAUCCGGGCAACAAAGAAAGUCUCCAUACACGUUCGAUAAACUACGUCUCGUGUGAGCAGCAGAAGAGCCUUCUGUCAUCAUAGAGAGGAGAAUGUGAUGAUGUGGUGGAUGAUCUAGCUCACCACAUGCCCAUGCUCUAUCGGUAUGGUUAUUGAUACAUAAUGGUAGUGAAGACAGAGAUCUAGAACAUUUAAAUUUUGAGUCAAGUGAUGCAGAUAUGUCGUUGCUGCGAGUUGCUGAUUCUACUCACUAGUGGACAAAUCAAGUUUUGGUUGUCCUUUUAAGCACAUCAAAGUUCCAAUUUUGUCGGCAUAUUUUACGUGUGUUGUAUGUAUUGAUACAGAUUUUCAAGCCAACAUGCAUCAAAGGAUGCAGCUUGUGAAGGUUCUAGCUAAUUCCGUUUCUGACCCUGGACAUAAUAAGUUCUGGACUGCCAUUAGCUUAGUCGCAGGCACACUUGAAUGCUCGAACGGUGCAAGGAGCUACCGUAAUCUCUAUGAUUCCUAAGUAGGUGGAGAGGUUUUUCUGACAUCUGGAUUCUGAGGUAAGUCAUUCGAAACAGCUUUUUGUGUGUGUAUGAUCAUUUAUCUCCUCUUUAAGCAAGGAAUAGCCAGGUUUACAAUACACAGUCGUAUUUGUGGUGGUGUGUAAAUUACAGCAUACAGGUGCAAAGUGAGAACUUUACGGCGAAACAAAUUAAACUCUUAGGAUUGGUUGGAAUUGAGUUGAAUCUUUUAAUGCAAUUUAUCCAAUUGAUGGUAUGAAUGAUCUUGGUUGAGAGGUACAUGAAUUUUCUUGAUUCACUGACAAAUAUCGUCUGACGGUAAACUCAUGAGAUGACUUAAAUCAACCAUAAAAGUCGUUCAUGCUCGGCAAGCCGAGCAUAAACGACUUUUGUUACGCUUAGCAACUCCCAUUUUGAUACAGCUGUCAGACUCGGGGGAGAAGUGCCAGAGAACCAUGUCUGCACAGGUCCAGUGUUCACUUGAUGGUUAUUUAGAGUUAAAAAAGCCCUUUUGACUGUUUGUUCUUGCUGGGACUAAUCAGGGAGUUGUUGUGAGAUUCUGAGUAGUUUGUUCGUUUGAAAGAGGUGGUUAUGUGUUCGGGUCAAAAGUUGUGCCCCGUUUCAAAAAACUUUUACAUCUUCAUUCCUAUAUAGUAAUGUGAAAGCCCGGACUAGUUCAAGAUACGCGGCACGAUUUCUCAAAUUUAAGCCUUUGAAAGUUACGUUUCAGCACAAGGUUUUGAACUCACCUGAAGGAUAAUACUCUUCAGUGCUGAAUUGCACUGCAAAACUCUUCGGAGGGAAAGUCGAAUCAAUAUGUUGAACAGGAAAGGAAGGAUAGCUAGAUAUUCCUGCAUGAGGGAAGCAACUCGUUGAAAUUUGCUCUUCAAUACGUAAAGCAU